UACAGCCUGCCCAGAUGAUGUACAUAGAACGACUUAGGAGCCGGUGAAGCCUGAACGAACUCACGUCGUUGAUUCAGAGCCAAUACUGCCUCACCGGCCGCGAAGACCACGAGAACAGCGAGACAGCAUCACAAGCAGUCAUUAAAGCGAGCCUGAACAAUGGCUCAGCGGCUUGAGUAUUUGAAUCGCUCGUUCUGCUGGUAAUGUUGCUGCAUUCAUCACCUUGACAAGUUCCAUCAACUCCACCUGCUAUCUCCAAAACUACCUUCUCAAUUUGAACAUCUGAACUCUCAUCCAAAAUGCGUUUCUCUGCCACCUCCACCAUCGCCAUCAUGGCCGGUCUCGCUGCCAGUGGAACCGCCUUCGUCAUUGAUACCUUCUCUGGUCGUGAUUGCGGCGGCAAUGUCCAGCAGAAUGUCAACAUCUGGGACAACACCUGUGCAACCUGGCCAGAAGGCUUUGGAUCCUUCAAGAUUACAACCUGGGGAGGUAGUCACCAAUACGCAUACUUCUUCGCGCCCGACAACUGCGGCUACCUUCCCGGAGCCAUCGGAGUCGGCUACGUAGACUCGUCGACGAAUGACUUCGUUCAGGGAAGGUGCUACAACUUCAAUGGGGCUAGCGCCAAUGCGAUUGCUUCGUACUCUAGCUAGUGGGCUUGAUGUGCGCGAUAGUAAGCUUCCGAGAUACAAGCGCUGUAGAAAGGCUGACUGACUACAACAGUGUGGUUGGAAGGAAGAAAGGGGGGAAGGAUCAGGUCUCAUCUUUGCUCAGGAGAACAUAAGCUCUCGUCCACUCUUUUUAACAAUCUACCAUGUCGAACAUAGUUUAUCAUGAAAUAGCGAUGUAGUCAAUCGUAAUCAUGCUGC